ACCCGGAAGUGCAGCGGGUCGUUCCGUGCCCCUGACAGUCGGUGUCCUCCGCAGUGACCGAGCCGAAGGUUCCCGAGUGAGUUCGGAACUGGUCGUGUUCGCAGUGACGCUCGAUCGGUGGAGUCGGUUCCGGUCGGUUCCAGUCGGUUCUUCUCGUGUGUUCGUCCCGUCGUGUCCAGCCGGUUGGACCGGGACCUGGUGCCGGGGACCCGGUGGAGAGGGACCGGGACGAGCCGGAGCCGCCUCUGGCUCCCGCUGCCCUAGAACCCGAACCCGAACCCGAACCCUGAUCCGAACCCGAACCCUGAUCUCACUUCGUGGUUAGGACCGAGCGGAGCAGAGCAAAAUGGAGGCUGAGAUCUAACGGACGCGCCGCGGACCCUCGGAGUCCUCUUCCUGCUUCCGGUUCCCCAGCGGCUCCUGCUGCCUCCUCACGCCGCUCAGCAUGCCCGGGGACCCGGCCAGCUUCAGCCUCCUGCACCGGACCUGCAAGCUGGUGGUGCUGCUGUGUCUGCUCCACAUCUCCGUCUCCGUCGUCUUCUACGUCCGCUCCAUGGACAUCCGGUCCGCCUUCGUCCAGAACCAGCAGGCCCACAGUAAUGUCACUGAGCGGAACCAGCUCACAUCCACCGGGGUCAGCUCCAGACCCGGGGUCAGCUCCAGACCCGGGCCGACCGAGACCCCGAAGGACGAGCCCGGGCAGGGCCCGCCGCCGCGGGGCGAGCCGGAGCCGGAGGUCCUGGAGCCGGUGGUCCUGGAGCUCCAUCCGGGGAAGGAGCUGGAGAAAUGCCCCGAGACGUCACCUCUGCUGGUGGGUCCUCUGCGGGUGGAGUUCACCACCUCCAUCAGUCUGGAGCAGAUCACCAGGAGCAACCGGAACCUGCGGCCGGGGGGGCGCUUCAAACCCACAGGCUGCCAGGCGCUGCAGAAAGUCGCCAUCAUCAUCCCGUUCCGCAACCGAGACGAGCACCUGAAGUACUGGCUGUACUACCUGCACCCCAUCCUGCAGAGACAGCAGCUGGACUACGGAGUCUACGUCAUCAACCAGGACGGAGUUGAGAUCUUUAACCGGGCCAAGCUGCUCAACGUGGGCUACAAGGAGGCUCUGAAGGAGUACGACUACGACUGCUUUGUCUUCAGUGACGUGGACCUGAUCCCCAUGGACGACCGCAACACCUACGCGUGCUUCAGCCAGCCGCGCCACCUGUCCGUGUCCAUGGACAAGUUCGGCUUCAGGCUGCCCUAUAACCAGUACUUUGGAGGAGUUUCAUCGAUGAGUAAAGAACAGUUUCUGAAGAUCAACGGCUUCCCUAACAACUACUGGGGCUGGGGAGGAGAAGACGAUGACAUCUACAACAGGUUGGCGUCUAAAGGCAUGUCCAUCUCCAGGCCGAACAGCGAAGUGGGAAAAUGUCGGAUGAUUCGACACGAACGAGACAAACAAAACGAUCCGAACCCUCAGAGGUUCAACAGAAUUGCUCACACCAGAGAGACGAUGCACAAGGACGGGAUCAACUCUCUCUCCUACAAAGUGGUGAAACUAGAGAAGUUGGACCUGUUCACUAAAAUCACGGUGGACGUGGGGAAACCGUGAGGUGGCGCAGGAGAGGUCAUGUGACCUGCGACGAUGCAGUGAAAACCAUAUGCUGACUUUAAUCUGUGCGUCUGCUCUGAUGAUCAGAUGAGCUGGUCUCACUUUUUCUUGUAUUCAUUUUCUUUUGCAAGUUCGGCCUCUGUGGGUCCAAGCUGCUGCAACACAUCCUAACAAGCCUUUUAUUUUGAAAAUCAGACAAUCAGAGCAGCAACAAGGGGGCUGCUGGGUCACAUGGUCCAAACAUUUACUGGUGGGGGAUUAUGGGUAAUGAGCAGGUGGGUUUAGAUCUGGUCUGAUCCCGGUUCUUUUGAUCUGGAUCAAUCCCCCACAUGUUGGUGUGAAGUAAUCUGAAUGUAUGGUUCAGUUUACAGAUGACAAUGGGCCUCGUUUACUAACCUGUGCACAGAAAUGUUCUUACAUUCCACAGAGUACCAACAUAUUAAAUUCAUAUCAAAUUGAAUUGAUAAUGAAUCCCAGAUUCACGCGUCAAACGUUGGUACGCACGGUGGAAGCACAGAUCGGUGCGUACGCUCUGUUAGUAAACGAGUUCCCAUGUUUCCAGUUCACUGGGAUCCAGUUUAGAUUUUUUUCUUCUUGACUGAGUGAUUAUCUAAACUUUAACGGAAACUUAUCCAGGAUCAGAAACAGGUUUAUCCAGUAAUUUGUGGAGCUAGUUUCACAUCAGAUCUAAACACAGUGAGUGUGUGUUUCUUUUUCAAAAGUUAUUCAUAAUCAGGUUUUGAUUUGUGCUCUAUAUAUUUUAUUCAACUCUUUCUCUUCACAAAAAGUUGUUCUUGAAUCAGUUUUAGUUUUCUAAACUGGACCAGCUCUAGACCAGAACCUCAGCAGGUCCAGGUUAAUUUCCAAGUCCAGGUCUGGAACCAGGUUCAGGUCUUGGUCAGUGUUGUAUCUGCUGAAGAUGUCGACAGUAAAUCUGUGAAAAAUCUAAAAUCUUUGUAGCUAUUCUUCUUCAGGUGAUUGGCUGUAGCUGUAAAUCUAUCUUCAAUAUUGAUUUACAGACUGUUUGAUAUUGAUUGACUGAUUGAUUGUAUCUCUAAGUGUCCUUACAAGAGCUGUUAGAACCAAAGACUUAAUUCAACAUGAAUGUGAUCAGCUGUUUUCAUCUCACUAUUGAUCAAUCUGACAAACACACACUGUGUGUGUGUGUGUGUGUGUGUUAUAAUGCAUGUAAAUAUCUUGUUUGUUUCUAUUUUGACCAAAAAUCUUUAUUCUUUUGUCCAUAAAUGAAUCGAUAAGUCUGUUCCUCUCUGGUCAUUAAAAUUAGGUUCAUUAAAAUCCAUCUGAUGGUUUUUGGA